AUGCAUGAAGAGCAGUCCUGUGGAGCAGUUGUUGUCACGCUGGCAGAAACGGCACUCGGGCCCUCUGGCGGUUCCGUUGUCGGCUAUCUAAGCGGCACCAAGAUUGCCGACCCUUGCCCUGGACCGGAAGAGAAGCCGGCCAAGGCGACGCCAAGCCGCUUAAGCUUACAAGUUAACCUAAAUAUUAUAUGCUUAAAGGAUGUUUGUGCUAAUGUUGAUGACUUUGACGUCUAUUUGGAUGACGAGAAGAAGCAAGCAGUUUUAUAUAGGUAUAUCGAAAAACAAGACGACAUGAUAUAG